AUGCUCGCGAAGUCCAAACAGGCCGGAAAAUCAACGGAAGCCGCUCCCGUCAGUGAGAACGAGAACACCGAGAUCCUCAGCCGCACACCUUCGCCCGUCUCUGUCGGCGACCUACCCCAGGCCCCCAAGUUCUCGGUCUCGCAGCCCAAGUGGCGCAAGGUCCUCGCCCCCAUGCCUGCCGCCGGCGGCUUCCUCAAGAUCGUCAAGGCCGAAGGCGCCGGCUAUAUUGACCGGGAGCCGUGCCGCAAGAUCGGCGACCGGGGUGUUGACGUGCUCUACAAGAAUCCCAGAAGCAUCCUAAAGGGCUAUGGAAAGGAGGCUAUGAACUUGUGGUGGGCGCAGAUCGAUGAGUUUGCGGUCCUGUGGUGCGGCGGCGAAAAGCGCGAUGAUGAUAUGGAGUGGGUGAAUCAGUUCUAUCCGAAGGAGCAUUGGAAAACGCGGAAGGCGUUGGCUGAUAGGGAGGCGAUGAUGGAGGAGGUCCGGGAUGAGGAUGAGGAUGAGGAGAUCAAAGAGGAGAAGUUAGAGGGGCCGCAUGGUGGUAAGAAGAAGCCGAGCUUGUAG